UGCAGGUCUAAUCUCUCCUCAAUCCCCGACAUCUUCACGACUCUUCCCAUCGCCACGUCGCCUCCGACGCUGUCCCGAAUCAUCGACAUCAUGAGAUAGACGAACUCCUCAUCUGUUCAACAAACACUCACCCAUCACCGUCAAGAUGAGCGCUCCUGCACAGACGCCUGAGCAGCGUGAGCUGGCUCUGAUAGGCAAAGUGGAGAUGCGCAUAGCACUGGCCGAUACCGACGCAAAAUUGGAAUCUCUUCUCAAAACAUAUCUGGCACCGGUCCUCCUCAAACUCGCCUCCGAGCACAACAGCGUACGACAGAAGGUCAUCGCCAUCUGCCAACAUGUCAACACGCGCAUCCAGCCGCAAUCGAUUCAGCUCCCAGUCGCGGCGCUGGUCAAGCAAUUCAAGGAGCAGAAGAACACGAUGAUCCGCCACUUCGAUCUACUUUACAUCCAGCAAGGUGUCGUGCGAUUGUCAAAAGCAGACAAGGCGGAGCUGUUGCCGGUGGUGGUCAGUGGAAUCGCGCAGAGUGGAACCCAGAUGGGCCAGAUCUUCUACCUGUUUCUACGACUACUGGAAUCGUUUCCACUUCCACCACGAGGAAGCAAGGAGGAUCUAGACAUGAGAACGAAGAUGGAUCUGUCUGAGGAGGAUGCGACAUUUCUGUCAAUGCAGCUCGGGAAGUUCAUGCUAUUUGCUCCACAAAAAGGCGCGAGCAAAGUCUGUCCUGGCCUGACUCCUGAUGAGUACUCAUUCUUCGGUAUGGAUGGCAAGGAAGGCGCAUGGAAUCCUGCAGCAGGCGGGCUGAAUCUUCUUCAAACAAAGAUUCUCGCUGCAAAGUUGUUAGCCAGCGGGCUGUUUACCGACAGCGAGCGGUUCUUAGCAGCGUUGUUCGCCUCUGCAGAUCCAUCGUCUUCGAUCAGCGACGUUGGUGAUGACAUGCUCAAGCGUGCAAUGCCAGUGACUGACCUCGAAGAUGAGACUUUGAUACAGCGAUUGUUUCAGCUGUAUUUCGGAGGCUCGUCUGGCACGAAUGAUGCACCUCGAGUGAAAGCUCCUUUGCGAUUGAAGAUUCUGGGCCUGCUGAACAAGUCCACCAGGAGCACGACUUUCGCAAACAACAUCACCAAACUUGUCGCCGAUGGAGUGUCCACUUCUGGGCAAGACGGGGAGGAUGUGCUGAUCACAUCAAUCGGUAGAGAGGCCAGCAAACUACGAGCGGCCAUCUUCUCAUACAUCAAUUUUGUCGCUCGAUUUGGCGACAAGCAAUCCCUUCACGCCAUCGCUCCCCAGGUCGUUGUCAGACUACGAGACUUCAUCGAGAAUCAGGGAUGGCCGAAACCUGGACUCAACGAGGAUCUGAUAUCUCGUGCUUAUGCAUACGAAGUCAUCGGCCUGCUAUCGAAAGCCGGGCCACGCAGUGUACUUGUUGAAGAAGAACAUGCAUCUCUGGACUUGCUUCGAUGGCUCUUCGACUCUCUCGCUCAAGACGCAUCCGGGAACUCGAUCACUGUCAGCAUCGAAGAGUCGCUCUCAACAGUGCUGGGGGCCAUGAGCUCGAAACGUCUUAGAAGUACUCGCUACGUCGCAGUCCGUUUUGCGAAUAGAUGUCUACCAUACUCCUCCGUCAAAGCUCGUUGGGUCGACGUGCUCGCCAUGGGUGCCACGAGCGACCGACCCGAAGUACGAGAAGAAGGCGAGCGCGGACUAAGUCCGUACUGGUAUCGAAUGUUGAAUGGCUCGAACAUUGGCGCGGAAACACCCAAUGUGUCCUUCCCAUCCUUCGAGGCCGUCGUGGAGCAGUUCUUCAUUGUUCAGACCCAGAUUACCAGCUCUAAGGCGGAAGUACUGGUGCAGAAAGCUCGCGAACUCAACAAGUCAUCUUUCCAAUUCAUGACGAGUUUUGCUCGGCGUAUGCUUGUUACGAAGGCAUUGGAGCAGGCAAAAGUGCCCGUCAAUCUAGACUCGGAAUGGGAGCGCAGAUUGGACGCCAUGGUCGAAUCCGAUGCGCCCGCGAGAGAUGCAAUGAAGGCUCAUCUGAGCUCAGCCAUGAGCUCCUCGCCGGAGUUGCUGGACAUCUUGGUCGGCGCUUUAUUUGCUUGUGUCACGUCCGAGAGUGCAGUCUCGGAAGAUAAUCUGGUCGAGUUCCUCGCUCUCAGCCCUGAGGCUCUGAUCAAACAUCACGUCGAUCGAGCAAUGAGCAUGCUACCUACACUCAAGUCGAACAACCACACGAAGAGAAUGACUGCGGCGCAAGUGAUUGGCAUCCUUGGGUCUCAUCCAGGCUGUAAUGCUGCGCCAGUUAUAUCUGUGCUUACGGAUGUCCUACAAGACUGGCAGAAAGCAGUGGGUGCACAUCUCAGCCAUGUCCACGGCGCUAUCGUGGCUCUCGGAUUCUACUUCAGUCGAGUGGCCUGCCGAACACAGAGCGUUCCUCAAAAUUCGAACUACUCCGCGGUACUGGACAUUCUGUUCAAGAUGUUUGCGGAGACUCGGGAUUCUACGCUGCACGAGGCGAGUCACAUUGCCAUCGGACAAAUGUGCAUGUUCUCGUGCCUCACACCUGAGAGCAUCGGACAGUAUUCGGCUUUGGAGAAGGUGUCGGACAAGCUGUAUGAGCGGGCCAAGGAGGGCAACGAAAGUGCAAUUACCUGCCUGGGACAGCUAUCGAUGGUCGUACCUGAAGGCGAUGACAACCUCAAGCAUAUCGAAGAUCAUCUGCACAAACUGCACGAGAUUCGCCAGUCAGAAAUACACUUCACUGUGGGAGAGGCUUUCAGCUACCUUGCAGCUGGCUGGCAGUCGACAGCUCUCUCAACUAAACUGGACAUCGGCGUACCUGCGGACAUAUCGAUGGGUCACCCUCGAACGCAGACUUUGUCAAAGCUUGUGGAUCGAGUUCUCAAAGACUGCGCAACCACCAAGCCUGCGCUAAAGAAAGCUGCCGUCAUGUGGCUGCUCUGUUUGGUGCAGUAUUGCGGAGAAAAGAUUCAGGACCGUCUCGCAGAAUGCCAGAACGCAUUCCGACGUUGUCUUUCAGACAGAGAUGAGCUAGUGCAAGAGUCUUCAUCACGCGGAUUGGGUCUGGUCUACGAGAAGGGAGAUCGAAGUCUGAAAGAUGACUUGGUUCGCGAUCUUGUAUCAUCCUUCUCGUCCGACAAAGCUCAGUUGUCAGGUAAUGUAUCCGCUGACACCCAGCUGUUCGAGCCUGGUGCGCUACCUACCGGCGAUGGCUCCGUGUCGACAUACAAGGACAUCAUGAGCCUGGCCUCCGAAGUCGGCGACUCGAGUCUAGUGUACAAGUUCAUGUCCAUGGCCUCAUCCAACGCGAUCUGGUCCAGUCGUGCGGCCUUUGGUCGAUUCGGUCUGAGCAGAGUUCUCUCCGACUCCAGCGUGGACGGCUAUCUGGCUAACAACCCAAAGCUCUAUCCCAAGCUCUUCCGAUAUCGCUUCGAUCCGAACGGAGGUGUGCAAAGGUCAAUGAACGAUAUUUGGACUGCGUUGGUGCCCGACUCGACUGCCACGAUCGACAAGCACUUUGAUGCGAUCAUGGAGGACCUGCUGAGCAGCAUUCUCGGCAAAGAGUGGCGCGUGCGGCAAGCGUGCUGUGCUGCGAUCGCAGAUCUCGUGCAGGGCAGAUCGAUCGAAAAGUACGAAGGCUACUUGGAACAAAUUUGGACGCAGUGUUUCCGGGUCCUGGACGACAUCAAAGAGUCGGUCCGUGCGGCUGCUGCUUCACUGGCGAGGACGCUUACGGGAGUCUUGACUAGAGCAUUGGAAGCGGACCACAGCUCGACGAAGAAUGCGUCGGCGAUGUUGAAGCACGUCCUGCCUUUCCUUCUGUCGCCUUCCGGCAUGGAGUCCAGCGCGAAAGAAGUCCAGAUCUUCUCCGUUCGCACACUUCUCGAGAUCAUCAAGAAGGCCAACGGCGCCACGAUCCGCCCCUUCAUUCCUGAGCUUGUGGAGCGUCUGAUCGGCCUGUUGAGUUCUCUCGAACCAGAAGAGGUCAAUUACAUCCAUCUCAACGCCAGCAAGUACAAUCUCACCGAGCAGAAGCUAGACGAUAUGCGUCUUUCUGCCGUCCGGAGCAGCCCUCUCACGGAAGCCAUUGAGCGAUGUCUCGAUCUUCUGGACGAUGAUACCAUGAAGCUGCUAUGGCCGACACUCGAGAGUGCCAUGAAGAAUACCGUUGGAUUGCCUUCGAAGGUGGGAUCAAGUCGUGUGCUGGUCUCGCUUGCUACCCGGCGCAUGGUGCUGUUCAAGCCGUAUGCCGAUGAUGCAUUGAGACUUAUCGAAAAGCUGGUCAUCGACCGUAACGAUACUGUUGCAAGCUCAUAUGCUGCUGCUGCGGGCUAUGUCGCUCGCGGCGCUUCCGACAAGCAAAUUCUGCGAUUGAUCGGCUUCGCCAAGAAGUUGUACUUCGAAUCCGAGGGAGAUCGCGAUAUCACCUCCGGCGAGAUCAUGCUGGCCUUUGCCAAACAAGCCUCCGACAAAUUCAACGAGUUCUCCACCUCCGCCCUGCCCUUCGUCUUUGUCGCGAAACAUGACUCGCACGAGCAAGUCAAAGAGCAAUUCCAGGAUACCUGGAACGAAAGCGUAGGUGGCUCACGCGCCGUGCAAUUGUACCUAAAUGAAAUCCUCGAGUUGUGCGCCUCACACCUCGAUUCUGCGCAGUGGACGCUGAAGCACACCGCUGCUCGGGCCGUGGCUGAUGCAACGAUCGCCGUGUCGGCAUCUGAGGCUGAGAUGUCAGAUGCGACGGGCAAAGCGUUGUGGCCCGCGUUGGAGAAGGCGUUGGGCGGAAAGACGUGGGAGGGAAAGGAAGUGGUGCUCACUUCGUUUGUCAAAUUCGUCGAGGCGGGAAAGAAAUUCUACCUUGCGGACGAAAAGGUCAAGUCUGCAAUCGUUAAGGUGGGUCUCGGGCGCGCUGAUCGCAUGAUAUUCCGAGUCCGUGGUCGCUAA